AUGGUGAGGGCCGAUGCAGUUCCGUUGACUCGGUCUCCAGCCGAAAUCUCGGCGCUCAACUCGCUGCGCAGUCUGCCGGAGCUUCUGCUCUACUCCCGCCGUCCCCAAUCGGCCAAUGCCAGCGAUCGUGGGCGGAGCUUGGUCGUCACGUCCAGCGUGGCAGCGCUUCGCUCGCUUUGUAGCACUCAUGGACGACGAUCAUCGAUUACGGACGCUGCACCUCCGACUGAACUCGGAUCGUUGGAGAGGUGGCUCGCGCUCGCCGAGAUCUCGGCGAAACUUGACGACGACAUGCAGAACCUCGAGCGGGAGAUUCAAACGCAUGAGCGCAAGCGCACCGCACUCGCAUCGGUGAGAGGCGACGGGUCCAGCGCAACGAGACUGCCGCCACCUGAAGCUUGCGAGCUCGGACCCAAGCUGCAGUGUCUGCAGGAGGUGCUGGGGACGGCGCGCUUUCGAGCGUAUUGCCGCGACUUGUUCGUCUUGGUGAGGAACCUCCGCCUCCGUCUAGAGCUCCAUGGCGUUCGCAUGCGCGACUUCGAGCGGCAGUUGUGUCGAGAGCGCUCCGUGUCCGUGGAGAAGCUUCUGUGGCUGUUGAACGAGACCAAGCGCUGUCUUCAGUCGAACGCUGAAGAUGACGUGCCACCGAUUGAACACGCCGACUACGCGCUAUUGCUGCAGCACUGCAGUGACCCCAGCAAUCCUGAAGCUGCCGUCGUCACGGAGGAGUUCACGGCGUUGCUACGCAGCCUCCCGCUAGAGAGGGCGACGCUCGUGAGGUACGUGUUCGAGCAGCUCGCUGACACUCGAAGAGGAGAGGGCUACCGACCUCCUCCAGAUCACACCAAGAUCCACCACAUCCAAGCCGCCGUCAAACUACAGCGCAGUCACUGCUCCGCUGGAGAACUCCAAGCUGCUGAGGCCUGGCUCGAAGUCGUGGGGUCCGAUGCCAUCACGCUUCAGGACCUGGUCCAGUUUCACCUCACCGUCAACGACGCCAACGUCACCGAAGACGCCGAGUUCGUGCGCUUCGUGCAGCGGAUGUGGGGCUUUGACCCCCUGGCUGUGAAGGACGCGGACCGAGGGGAAGCGAUACAGCAACUGCUGGAGAACUACACAGCGAGGUGUCACCUGGUUGAGCUCGUCGCUCGUAAACGCGAGCUGCUCGCGAAAAUCCCUGCUGCCCAGGCUCGGAUACGCUCCGCUAGCGUGCUCCUAGAGUCUGAGUUACAACAUCUCCGAGUGCUGCAGGCUCCAGCAGGACUGAGUCGCUGGCUGCAGUGCGACCUUAAGCUGAGCGGGAACAAGUUGACCUCUCUACCCAGUGCGCUUGUAGCCAUUCCAAGUCUUACGACGCUCGAUCUCUCUAGGAACUCACUGCGAGCAAUUCGACGGGAAUGCAACCAGCUUCGAAAUCUCCCGGCGGGGAUCACAGAGUGUACUCAGCUUCGAGUUCUUGACGUGCACGACAACUGUCUGCAGUCGCUACCCAAGGAGCUGGUGCAGUUGACGUCGCUCGAAGUUCUCAACGCAGCCGAGAACGACCUCACUGAGAUUCCCCUCGAGUGGCACGCGUUCGAGACUCAAAACGAUGGCGCGAGGGUGCUCCACUCUCUGAUGCUGCGUCGAAAUCCGCUGCAUAACAAAAUCCUCAAGGCCAUUGUGGACGGCAGCACCGACGGCGCACCAUCCACCUCCAGAGUCCAUUCGACCGCUACAUCCGAUGACCCGGCUGACGAAGACGAUGAGGAUGGUCCAGCGGAGCGGGGUAACAGACCCAAGUGGCGCGGGGUAGCUCGUGACGUGAACCUCUACCUCGAGCAGCGUCUUCGAGCGAUGCAGCGCCCACCUGCCAGCGGUAAAUCGUCCUCGUUGGUGGUGGACGCGAAGAGCUUCGAGCGGAUGAUGCGGACGCUGCCGUUCACAAGCUCAAAGCCCGAGCUGGCACACCUUGUAAGACGCUUUCGGGUGAAGCACGAGGACGAAGAAGAUCGGGGCAAAAGUACCAAGCAGGUCGACGGCCUCGCGUUCCUGCAGGCGAUCGAGCGAUUCGGGCGGUGGCGAUCGAUUUCAAUGCCGUCGAAGCGACAGAUGAGCUCGGUUGCCAAGCCCACGAUCGACUCGGCAGGACCGAUUGUUCAGUAUCUCGCAGUGCUGCACCGCCGCAUGCAGGAGGAGGAGCAGGAGCGUCGAGACCGAGACAACCCGCAGUCUCUAAGCCCCAAAGCGAGACCACAGUCACGCGUAACACUCCGCUCCAAGCAGAAGCAGCGGGUGAAGGAGACGCCUCGAUCGAAGGAUGCGAAGACUGCGAAGCGCAAGCCGCCGCCCAGGUCCAACCAAGAGCAGGACCCGCCACCGUUCGACAAGCCCAGCAAAACUCGGGCCGACGUGAUUGCGGACCGCCAGCGACAGCGCAUCCAGGUGCUCGAACAGCAGCUCGUUGACCAGAAGCUGCUCCUGCUAGCGCAUCAGAAGCCCGCUGCAAGUACAAGUAGCAAGGGCCCAGCCAUCGCCCCAGCCGAUCUCCACACAUUGCGUCUUCGGCCAGAUGAUUCUGUGCUGCGUUUGAAGCAGCAGCUUGAAACCCGCACUGGGGUGCCAGUAGAUCACCAAAUAAUCGUCGCCAACAGCGCGAGCCGAGGGGCGCCCGCCAUCCGGCUGCGGAACGGUGCUGCGCUGCGCGAGUACUCGGAGCAUGUGGGUGGCAGCCUGCCGCUGGCACGUGGGGACUCUGCCACCGGAGGGAUGACGGCCUUGUGA